UUGUGGGUGGUGACCCUCCACAUCUUUAGGGGGCAGAAAAUCGCUGUCAAGCUGCGCUAUAUGUCGUGAAGCCCAAACAGAAGAAGAAGAGGUCGUUGCUCUCGGCAGUCGCUCCAAGUGCCCGAUGACAGUAGGCGAGCUAGCAAGCCUAGCAAGACUUCGGACUCGCACACCGCCGGACAGCGACUAGGCGGAAAUAGCAGUACGUUUCGACAGUCUCACAAGGAUGAUGACGCUGUGAAACUCUGUAAACCGGGAUCUGUUGCGAAUCGGGAUCUGAGAAAUGUCGGCUCUUUCUUCUUGCACAGGUGGUUGUUGCAUCGAGUAGAGCAAACACACCAUGUACUCGGAGUGGCGGUCCUUGCACCUGACUGUUCUAAGUGACCAGGGGCACCUGAGUGUCCUGCAUACUUACCCUCCGGCGGUGGGACAUGAGGUGGCCAAGGCCGUGGUGCACCCCCUGGGGGUGGCCCCCCUGAUGGACAGCAUCCUCAAAACGGACAAAGAGGUCAAGUGGACGAUGGAAGUCCUCUGUUACGGCCUCACACUGCCUCUGGAUGGGGAUACUGUCAGGCUGUGUGUGGACGUGUACACGGAUUGGAUCAUGGCGCUGGUGUCCCCCCGCGGGUCCAUCCCAAAGCCCAUCAUCAAGGAGCCUGACCUCUACGUCCAGGUCAUCCUCAAGCACCUCUACAACCUCUUUCUGCCCAGGGGUGACCAGUACAGCCCCAUUCACUUCCGCCUGUGCCAGCAGGUGCUGACGGCGGUGCAGAGGCUGGCGCGGGAGUCGGGCACCAUGGCACGGGAGACCUGGGAGGUGUUGCUCCUCUUCCUGCUGAGAAUCAGUGACACGCUCCUGGCACCGCCAACCGUGGGAGGCGGGAUUGCGGAGAAGCUGGCGGAGAAGCUGAUCAGCGUGCUGCUGGAGGUGUGGCUCCUGGCCUGCACGCGCUGCUUUCCCACCCCGCCCUACUGGAAGACGGCCAGGGAGAUGCUGGCCAACUGGAGGCACCACCCCCCGGUGGUGGAGCAGUGGAGCAAGGUCAUCUCUGCCCUCACUUCCAGGUUGCUGCGGUUCACAUAUGGUCCUUCCUUCCCUCCAUUCAAAGUUCCGGAUGAAGACGCAAACCUGAUCCCCGCAGAUAUGGACAACGAAUGUGUCACACAGACGUGGUUCCGCUUUUUGCACAUGCUCAGUAACCCGGUGGACCUGAGCAACCCUGCCAUUGUCAGCACCACGCCCAAGUUCCAGGAGCAGCUGCUCAACGUCAGCGCAAUGCCCCAUGAGGUCAUCCAGCACCCCUGCCUCAGACAGCUGCCCCAGAUCUUCUUCAGGGCCAUGCGGGGAAUCAGCUGCCUGGUGGAUGCCUUCCUGGGUGUCUCUCGGCCCAAGUCGGACAGCACCCCGCCCACCCCUGUCGCCAGACUGAGCAUGCCUCCACCCCCCACCUCCACUGCCACCACACCCCCGCACAGCCGCAAGCACAAGCCCACGGUGGUUACCAAAACCACCAGCAAGGCGUCUUCGGGAAGUACAGUCCACCCUCCCAAGGUGUCACAGCAGACCUCCACCUCUCCACUGCCUAGUCCUAACCAGACCUGCUCGGAGCCCCGCCCACUGCCUGCCCCGAGUAGGCCAAAGGUCAACAGCAUCCUCCACUUGUUUGGCCAUUGGCUGUUUGACGCUGCCCUGGUCCACUGCAAACUCCACAAUGGCAUAAACAGAGACCACAGCAUGACCGCCCUGGCCACCCAGGCGCACAUGGAGCUUCGGCGGAAGGGGUCCCAGAUGUCCACUGACACCAUGGUCUCUAACCCCUUGUUUGACGCCAACGAGUUCCCGGAAAGCUAUGAGUCGGGCCGGGCUGAGGCCUGUGGGACUCUGUGCAGGAUAUUCUGCAGCAAGAAGACGGGAGAAGAGAUCCUGCCCGUCUACCUGUCCAGGUUCUACAUGGUGCUGAUCCAGGGCCUCCAGAUCUCGGACUUCAUCUGCAGGCCGGUGUUGGCCAGCAUCAUCCUCAACUCCUCAGCGCUCUUCUGCUCUGACCUGAAGGGCGUCAACGUGGUGGCCCCCUAUUUCAUCUCUGCCCUGGAGACCAUCCUGCCUGACAGGGAGCUGUCCAAAUUCAAGACCUACGUGAACCCCACGGAGCUAAGGAGAGCCUCCAUCGAUAUCCUGCUCUCCAUGCUGCCCCUUCCCCUCCACUUUGGGAACUUAAAAUCUGAGGUUCUUCUGGAAGGAAAGUUCAGCAAUGAUGAAAGUGCCAUCCACGACAAGGCUGUGUCCUUCCUGUCCCUCAAACUCCGACUUGUGAACAUUUUGAUUGGAGCGCUGCAGACUGAGACUGACCCCAACAACACGCAGAUGAUCCUAGGUGCCAUGCUGAAUAUCGUCCAGGAUUCAGCCAUUUUGGAGUCAAUUGGGACACAGAAUGAAACGGGCAGCAUAGAUGGUGCCCACAUGUCCACCAAGAGCCACAGCCGCAACAACAGCGGCAUCAGCACGGCCAGCGGGGGGGGCUCUGAGCCCGCCACCCCAGAGAGCGAGCGGCCGGCGCAGGCGCUCCUCCGAGACUACGCUCUCCAUACAGACACAGCCGCCGGGCUCCUGACCCGCACCAUCUACCUGGUCACCCAGAGGCUCAACUCGCAGUGGCGGCCCGACAUGAGCAUCUCGCUGGCCGCCCUAGAGCUCCUGUCCGGCCUGGCAAAGGUGAAGGCGGGGGUGGGUUCUGCAGACAGGAAGCGGGCGGUCAGCUCGGUGUGCGGGUACAUCGUGUUCCAGUGCAGCCGGCCCGCACCCCAGCACUCCCGGGACCUGCACUCCAUGAUCGUGGCGGCCUUCCAGUGCCUGUGCGUGUGGCUGACGGAGCACCCUGACAUGCUGGACGAAAAGGACUGCCUGAUCGAAGUGUUGGAGAUUGUGGAGCUGGGAAUAUCGGGGAGCAAGUCCAAGACCAGCGACCAGGAAGUGAGGUACAAGGGGGACAAGGAGCACAACCCCGCCUCCAUGAGGGUAAAGGACGCGGCAGAGGCCACUCUGUCAUGCAUCAUGCAGGUCCUGGGCGCGUUCCCGUCCCCCAGCGGCCCGGCGUCCCUCUGCAGCCUGCUGAACGAGGACACGCUCAUCAAAUGCUCCAGGCUCAGCGCCACCGGCCGCGGCAACUUCCGCUACUUCGUCCUGGACAACUCGGUCAUCCUGGCCAUGCUGGAGCAGCCGCUGGGGAACGAGCAGACAGCUCCCUGCCCGUCCCUGACGGUGCUGAUCCGAGGGAUGUCCGGCAGGCACGCGUGGACCAUGCAGCUGCACCACCAGCCCAGGACGGCGCGAGCCAAUCAGAAGGUGUUUGUUCCCGAAGGCCGUCCGACCCCCAAGAAUGACGUGGGGAUUCGCUUCAACGUCAAGCACAGGGCCUUCCCAGAAGAAGUGUACAAGAUCCCCUUCGUGAAGGCGGACGUGAGCAUCCCAGACUUGGACGACAUUGUGAACAAGGAGCUGGAGGUGCAGCAUGAGAGGCUGCAGAGCGUGAUGGUGAAGCAGGUGGAGUACGAGUCGGCCCUGGAGAGGCAAUGUGAGGACCUGUGGAGGAACAAGAGCUUCCCCGACCCCCUGACCGACUGCAGACCCCCUCCACCUGCCCAGGAGUUCCAGACCGCCCGCCUCUUCCUCUCCCACCUCGGCUUCCUGUCGCUAGAAGCGCUGAAGGAACAAGGCAGCAGCCGCCUACCUCCUCAUCUGAUUGCACUGGACUCGGCCAUGUCUGGUUUUUUUGAAGACAUCGAGUAUCUUGAUCUGCUCCCAUGCCGGCCCUUUGACACUGUUUUCAUUUUCUACAUGAGGGCCGGGCAGAGGAGCAGCCAGGAGAUCUUGCGGAACGUGGACUCCUCUGCCAACGUCCAGCACCACUUCCUGGAGUUUCUGCUGUCCUUGGGCUGGCCGGUGGAAGUAGGCCGUCACCCGGGCUGGACGGGGAAUGUGGACACCAGCUGGUCCAUCAACACCUGCAGCGAGGAUGAGGGCCAGCCACAAGCAGAAGAGAUUGUUACAUUGGAGGACUCCGGUGGGGGCCUGUUCAACGGAGAGAAGAGGGUGCUGUACUACGCAGAUGCUCUGACAGAGAUUGCUUUUGUCGUCCCUUCGCUAACGGACAUAUCUACUGAAUCUUCAGAAACCAGUGAGCCCACCACAGAAACCGACUCCCAGGCGGACCUGCUGCCUGCUGCGCUGAAACAGCCAAACCUGACGCUAGAGCUCCACUCGACCCUCUCUGAUAACCUUGGGCCCUCUCAAAGGAGUCCCACGGUGAGGAGUAAGAAAGCACCCAUAGGAAGGACAGUACCACCUCUGGGUCCAGAGACUAAAGUGCUGGUGGUUUGGAUGGAGAGUUAUGAUGAUAUUGAACACUUCCCCCUUUCAGAUCUCCUGGCAGAGACUAGCACUGGGGUGGAAACUGCCUUGAACAACAGCGCCUCUGGCAGGCCCACGGCGUCGGAAAAGGAAGUCCCGGUCAUUUUCAUCCACCCUUUGAAGACCGGCCUGUUCCGCGUGAAGCUGCACGGAGCUGCGGGGAAGUUCAGCAUGGCCAUCCCGCUAGUGGACGGGAUGGUGGUCAGCAGAAGAGCCCUGGGGUUCUUGGUGAGGCAGACGGUCAUAAACAUGUGCCGGAGGAAGAGGCUGGAGAGCGACUCUCAUAACCCGCCCCACGUGCGGCGGAAGCAGAAGAUCACGGACAUCAUCAGCCGCUACCGCAACAAGCAGCUGGAGCCCGAGUUCUAUACCUCACUCUUCCAGGAGGUGGGAGAGAGGAGCCCCAACCUGUGACCCGCAGAGAGGCUGCUUUUACAUGGACUGCACAGAUCCUAUAUAUUUAUAAAACCGUUGUGUUAUUUAUAUCAGCACUUAACCGCCACGUCCUUUAAAACAGAGGUUUACAAAAACAGCAGAGUGUUAUUAUGGCUAUACUGAAAAACCCCGCCUUCCUCGUGUCUGCCCUUCCACCUCCCAUACAGCCUCACUUCCCACCUCUACUCUCUACACAGGGAGAGGGCCUGUCCAUGUGUCUUCUUCCAGGAACUCUUUCAAGACCAGAGUGAAAAUUGAUAAGGGGUUUAGGUAACUGCAACAAUCAAACAUUUUUAAUCCAGAAUUAUACUGUAGUGGUAAUCAAGACAGUGUGAGGUGAGCAAUACGUGGGUAAACAAAUCAACCUUGAAAUCGUCCUUUUGAAAACCCGGACCCCUCCCCUUAUCUCCUUAGUUCAAAUCUCAAAUGUCAAUGUCUGUAAUCUCAGGUAGUUUCUGUCAUAUUUUGUGUUCAUGUACAUUUGUUUGUUAUUCGAUGCACUUCAACCGAACAACCUCCAGAUUAGGCGUUAGUACUGCGCAAUUCAGAUGUUGUUCUACAUUGUUUAUCUCUUUUGCACUGAAAGCGACACUCGAUCUUACUGGAAAAACGUCUAGUGAAAGUCAUUUGAGACGGCAUCGUCUGACACUGGACACUGUGUGGCAUCUGUCACUGUGAUGUUACGUCACCCCUCUGUCCUGCACUCCGCAGUUGUGUUGCAUUGCCCCGCAGGUUUGAUCAGUUACCAGUUCGGGGAAUGACGAGACAGAUGUCACUGGUGGUAAAGCCACGCUUGUCAUCCCACUAUUUGCUGCUCUGUGUAUGCAUGUCAGUGGAUGGUGAUAGUCAAACCCGUUUCAUUAGCUGGUGAAAUGGGUUCCUGUCCUUAAUUAAAUGGAAUUCGGUGUUCAGGGUUGGAGGGCACCUGAGAGUGUAGAGGCGGUUGCUUCUUCACAGGCGUUUCCUGGCCUUGCAGUGAGCUCCUCAAAGAGAAGCCUGGCCUUCUCUCAUUACUCAACAUACCAGUUGUUGUCAAAGGUGUGGCUACAUGUUCCUCCCUUAAAAUAUUCUUUUGUGCCUGAUUUAUUUUUCAUUUUGAUGUUUAGUCCUGCCCUGCAUUGAGGAGUUUGAUGUGUUUAAGGGCUUAAGUCACAUUUUAGAACCUGGUUAGGGUCAAAGGCGUACCUGCCUGUGACAUUGUCUUAGAAUAUGCCUCCAUGACUUCAUGCUGGCUGUGUUAGAUCAUAGGCGUACUACUAGCUCUAUGUUGUUUUUGUUUGUUUUUUGAAUCUUUUUAAUUUUUUAAUGGAAAUUAGAGUCCUAUUCCUUCACAUUUGAUAAGCAUCUGUAAAAUACCUGUUCUUGAUUUUCUGUGGUGGAGAAGAUAUCAGUCUUUUUGAAUUACUUUCAUGUUGUAGUUUCUCAUACAUUUGUCUGAAAACAUUUUUGAAUUUUGAUUGGAAUAUUCUAAAUCAGCUCAUUGGUCAGAUUUUCAGGAGAGUGUAGUUAACAUUACCCCUAUUAAGGUCAAAAAAUAAUGGCAAAUGUUUUUAUCCUAUUUUCCUAUCUUGGCCUUUAUAAUUUUUUUUAACCAGUAUGGUCUUAGAUUUUAGAUCAUCCAAAGACUACUACUCAAAUGAGGCUUCAGCUAAGGAAUGGAAUGUGAAUGCAGAUAACUGUUGAAGUAU